AUGUUUAUAAUAAAAACUGUUGAACGGUUAAUAUUUCGUGCAAAGCCGGGUGCCAGGUGUUUUUCAACUGUUGACAGUUCAAAGGAGAACCCUAUUGUAACUGUGAAACAAGGGAAAUUGAAGGGUGUAGUCAACAAAUGUCUAGAUGGAUCCCCUUACUACAGCUUCAAAGGCGUUCGUUACGGCCAACCACCCAUUGGAGAGUUGAGAUUUAAGGCACCAUUACCCGUGAAACCAUGGACGGGUAUACGUGACGCGAUCGAGCACGGUCCAGUCUGCCCACAAUUCGACAUGAGCAUUGUAGAUGUCGUGGAAGGAAACGAAGACUGCCUCAGUUUGAACGUAUACACGAAGUCAUUACAACCCAGCUCCAAACUACCCGUGAUGGUCUACAUUCACGGAGGCGCUUUCUUGUCGGGAUCUGGUAAUUCUGAAACCUACGGCCCAGAAUUUUUCUUCCAACACGAUGUGAUCUUAGUCACAAUAAACUAUCGACUAGAAGUACUAGGUUUCCUGAGUCUAGACACUCCUGAAGUUCCCGGUAACGCUGGUAUGAAGGACCAAGUUCUAGCUUUGAGGUGGAUAAAAGAAAAUAUAAGUACUUUCGGAGGAGAUCCUGACAAUAUUACUUUAUUUGGAGAGAGUGCUGGUGCCGCCUGUGCAACUUUGCACAUGCUGUCGCCAAUGUCGCAGGGACUGUUUGAUAAAGUAAUAACGCAGAGUGGUAAUUGUUUGUCCUACUGGUCGAUAUUCCAUGAGCCCGUAGCACGAGCAUUUAGAGCUGCGAAAGCAUUAGGUAAAGAAGCAAAGGAUAUCAAUGAACUACUAAGUUACCUGAGAGGAUGCCCUGCUGUUGAACUAGCGAGGCUUUCUAUCCACACAAGGACACUGGACGAGAAAUUCAGAGGUUUACCUAUUUACUUUACUCCAACUAUAGAGAAAAAGUUCGAGGGCCAAGAACAGUUCUUAACUGAAGACCCAUUGGACUUGUUAUUGGCAGGCAAAAUAAGUAAAGUGCCCAUGAUAAUUGGUUACAACUCGGCGGAAGGAUUAUUGAUGGUUAAUGACCAUUUAAAGAAAAUAAAGACCCUAAAUGAGCACCCAUCAUACUUUGUUCCCCGAGAUAUAGCCACGAAGGUGUCUAAGGAAACGUUAGAUGAAUUAGGACAGAGAAUAAAGAAGUUUUAUUUUGGUGACAAAGAUAUGACCCCAGAAGACUGUCAAGCGAUAGUAGAUUUGCAAACAGAUAUAAAUUUCACGUACCAAACUCACAGAUUUAUACAUUUCUUUCAAAAGUUUGCUCCAGUGUACUUGUAUAAGUUUGAAUAUUGUACAGAGUUGAACGUUUUGAAAAGUGUCUUCGGAUUGGAUAAUGUGAAGGGCAGCUGCCACGCCGAUGAUCUAUUUUAUCUCUUCCAUAGCGAAGUCAGUAGAAAUAUUUACGAUGAAAAUGAAAAACUGAGAAAGGUCAUAUAUCAAAUGACCAAGUUUUGGGCCGAUUUUGCAAAGACUGGAAAUCCAACACCAACAAAAGAGGUCGUGGAAUGGCUGCCGUGCUCACCAGCAAAUAAAGAAUAUUUAAUUCUAGACGAGGAAUUGAAACUAUCAAAUAAUUUAGAUAAGGAAAGAGUAGAUUUCUGGAACAAAAUCUAUGCAGAUGUCGGCAUGCCCGCAAUUACUAAGUCCAAUUUAUAA